AUGCUCCAUCGACUUGGCCACCCUUUGUUCUUGGUAGCACGCAAUGUAUCUCGUACGUCAACACCUCGUCUAGUCGCCAAGAGAGUCCUUCCAGGGGUGGCGGUAUCAACAUGUCGUCCUGUCGUUGGUCCUGCACUCUCGAUCCUCAUUGGCCGAUCCCACAUUGCCACUGCCACAAUGACAAAGACGACGACGGCCACUGCUACAGCAACGGCAACUUGUGAGGAGACAGCAACAACACCCAUGCCAUUGCAGUACCGUACCUUGGCUUUUUACAAGUUUCAUGACUUGUCCCAGGUGGAUCUAGCUCAUUUCCGACAACAGCUUUUGGACGAUCUCGGUCGAUUGGACAUUGUAGGGCGUGUCUACAUUGCUCAUGAAGGUAUCAAUGCACAGCUCUCUUGCCCCGAAUGGCGUAUCCAAGAAUUGAGGACCUAUUGCAACCACAUCCUUAAGCCAAAGCUCGGUGGUCAAUUGAUGGAUUUGAAUUUCGGUACCGAGGAUUCGGCAGGGCCAGCUGCAUUCCGUGCUCUCCACGUUCGCAUUCGUAAACAGUUGGUAGCCGAUGGUUUGGAUCCCAAGAGUUAUGAUUUGACCAAUCAGCCAUCCCACUUGUCUCCUGCUGCAUGGCAUGAAAAGCUCUCAAAGUACAAGGAAACGCAUGGCAAGGAUCCCAUUUUGAUUGAUAUGAGAAACCAUUAUGAAAGUGAGAUUGGCUACUUUGAAGGUGCCAUUCGACCCAAUGUGGAUUCAUUCCGUGGUAGCGUCAAGUCGAUGAAUGAGAUUUGCAAGGAUGUUCCUCGAGAUCAAGAAGUUUUCAUGUACUGCACAGGUGGUAUUCGAUGCAGCAAGGCGGGUGCCAUUCUUCAAUCAGCUUCUGGUUUCAAACAAGUACAUCUUGUGGAAGGUGGAAUUACAGCGUAUGGUCGAUGGAUCAAGGAGCAACAGGAUAAGCGCACAUCACUCUUCAAGGGCCGCAAUUUCACCUUUGACAAGCGUAUGGGUGAGCCUAUCACCGAUCAAGUCCUUGGCAAAUGCCAUAUUUGUGGCGAACCAUGCAACCGAUAUCAAAACUGUUCCCAUGCAUCAUGCAAUUUGCUCAUGCUGUGCUGCUCAAAAUGCGCCUCCCAAUUCCUCAACACAUGUGGCCGCUUGCAAUGCUACGAUGUCGUCCAUGAUUUCAAGACGCAAACCUCGCAUUAUUUCAAUCCUGAAGGUCCCGUUAUCAUUGAUGGUGUACGUGCGUUUAUCAAAAAGGGUGAAUCUCCUGAGCAGGAUCGUAUUGUCAUUGGCAAGAGUGGUGUCAAGUGCGAGCAUGAUUAUCAUAAACGUGUACGGGCUAGCGAUGUCCUCGGUGAACCUGGGGAUGUGCUCAAACAAUGGAAGGCUGCUGGUCGAGAAUUACCACCUUUGUCAACAGAAGAAUCAGCAUAA